CUCAGCAGGCAUCAUGGACUUAAGGGAUCUCUUCACCGUAGCCCAUUUCAUUAAGAUCAGGUGUGAACACGGCCUGAAAGCUGGUGCCACGGCCACCAAGGAUAAGAAUUAUGUCUUUUUUGAGGUGGAGAUCCUGGACCUCAAGAGCAAGGCGCAACUCUGCUACCUGGAUAAGGUGGAGCCCAAUGCCACCGUUGCAGAGAUCAAAACAUUGUUGCACAAAAUGUAUCCCAAGUUUUAUCCAUCAAGACAGGCACUGAAGCUGCAUCCUGAGGGAAAGGCCCUCAGUGAUGAUGAUGUGCUGGAGGAUCUACCAGUUGGCACCACUGCAACGAUGUUCUUCCAGGACCUCGGCCCACAGUUAGGCUGGACUAUGGUUUUUCUGGCAGAGUGUCUUGGGCCUCUUUUCAUUUACCUGCUGUUCUACUAUCGGCUUCCAUACAUCUACAUGCCUGAGUAUGACUACACCCAAAGUCCAUUGAAAGUUGUCAAGCUGGCUUGCUGGUGCCACUCUCUUCAUUACAUCAAGAGGCUUGUGGAAACUAUUUUUAUCCAUCGCUUUUCUGACGGAACGUUACCUUUACGCACCAUCAUGCUGCUCUGUCUGUACUACUGGGGAUUUGCAUCAUGGCAGGCAUAUUACAUCAAUCAUCCGCUCUACACACCACCAAGCUAUGGGAGACUUCAAAUCUACUCUGCACUGGCAAUGUUUUUGGUCUGUGAGUUUGGCAAUCUCUCAGUUCAUCUGAUUCUGAAUCGAAUCAGCUGUAAUGGGUCCAGGCCUACAGAGAUUCCUUAUCCCACAAAGAAUCCAUUCACUUGGCUGUUUUUCUUCGUGUCCUGCCCAAACUACACAUAUGAGGUGGGAUCAUGGAUCAGCUUCACAGUCAUGACACAGUGUGUUCCAGUUGGAGUUUUCGCAUUUUUAGGGUUUAUUCAGAUGACUAUAUGGGCUCGGGCAAAGCAUAAAACCUACGCCCAGCAAUUCGAAGACUAUCCUGAUCUGAGAACAGCCAUUAUUCCACUCUUCUUCUAGAUCUGUUGAAUCGAGGAUGAAUCUACAUGCACUUUUGUCAUUGGACUCUUCACCAAACAUCAGAAAAAUAAGUUUUUUUUUUUUUUGUCAGACCUAGUUUUUUUUAGACACAAUUAAGUUUGUGAUGUACUCUCCAAAGUAUUAACUGGUGAUUAAUUACUAUUAAUUGCAUUAAUUAUAAAGAGGCUUACUGAGCAUAGACUGAGGUUAUACUUCAAAGUCAAGGAAGAUACGGACAGUGACUAAUACUUAUGUGCAGGAGGCGUAUAUCACAAACUUAAACAUUUGCUUGACAAAGAGUAAGUUGAGUCUCGAUUGAAGGUCUUCAGACCAUCAAGCAGAAAACAUGGUGUACAGUAUGAUCCUGUUUUAUUGUUGAUUAUUCAUUUUUGUAUUCCAUUAAAACAUUUUGCAGAACGUAUCAAAGUGUUUUUGUAGUAAAGAAAAUGUUACUGAAGAUUUGUAUUUCUCAGAAAUAAAAGUGAUUUUUCAAAUGUCAGUAUUUUCAAGAUAUGGUAAAACAAUCUUACAGAAUAGUUUUUAUUGUUAUUGAAAACCAUCUGUUGUGUUAUUGCAUAUUAAAACUAUAUUUGCUUAAAAUAUUUACUGAUGAAUACAAUUGAAACACUCUUUUCCUCAAAACAGACACAUUUACUCACUGAUUUUCAC